AUGAGUUCAUCGAAAAUCACUAAAAAUAAAGAUCCCAAUUCUUUACUUAAUUUACAAUAUGAAUAUUUAAUUGUAAAUAAACUUAAAUCAAUUAUAACUCAAGGUAAUCUAUAUAAUUUGAUUAUAGACACUAAAAUAGAACCAAUAUUAUAUAGAAUCAUAUCAAAACAACAUUUGCUUCGUUUAGUAACUUCUAUAGAAUUUAUUGAUGCUAAAAGGAAACCAAAUAAAUUUAUGUCUGCCAUUUAUUUAGUUGAUUUAACAAUUUAUAAUAUGAAAUGUAUUAUAACUGAUGUUCAAAAGAAUAGAUAUAAAUCAGGUCAUGCCUUAUUCUUGGCUACUCCAACUGAUCCAAAAACCAUUCAUUUCUUUAAAUCAAAUCAAUUUAUGGGAAAUGAACAAAUAUUCAAUUAUUUUAAUCAAUCUGAUUCAAUCAAAUUCAUUCAAAUUGGAUUAUAUCCUGAAGAAUCAAGAGUCUUUUUAACUGAUAAUAAAACUAAAAACUCAAUGCCAAUUUAUUUUAAUGAUAAUUGUUCGGAAUUAGUAAGACAUCAAAUUAAAUUAGCUGCUAGAUCUUUACUCAAUUUAAUGAUUAUAACUGGAGAAUUUCCAUUUGUUAGAUAUUAUAGUCCUCAACAUCCAACUCAUAGAGCUAGUACUUUAUGUGAAUUUAUUGCAGAAGAAUUCCAACGACAAAUUGAUGAAUAUUGUCGUGUAAAUGAUGAUUAUCCACCACCUUAUACUCCCGAUAAACCAAGAUCAAUAUUAUUGAUUACUGAUAGAACAUUAGAUUUAUAUGCUCCAUUAUUACAUGAAUUCACUUAUCAAGCAAUGGCUAUGGAUAUAGUUGAAUCUUUAGAAAGAAAUGGGGUAUAUAAAUAUUCAGCUGAAAAUGAAGCUGGUGAAAAGAUGGAUAUUGAAGCAAAAUUGGAUGAUGAAGAUGAUGAAGAUUGGAUAAAUAUUCGUCAUUUACAUAUUAUUGAAAGUUCAGAAAUUAUAUUUAAUAAAAUUAGUGAAUUAAUUAAAAAUAAUCCUUUAAUGAUUGAUCGUUCUAAAGCAUCAACAUCAUCUGAUUUAAUGUAUAUUGUGGCCCAUUUAAAGGGGUUUGAUGAAGAAAGAAAGAAAUUAACUUUACACAAGACAUUAAUUGAUGAAUGUUUAGAUUUGAAUGCUGAUCGAAAAUUGGCAGAAUUGGCAGCUGAUUUUGAACAAACAUGUUGUGCCCAAGGGGUUAAUUUUGAGGGGGAACGAAACAGACAUUUACAUGAUGAUUUAAUUGUAUUAUUAAGUCGUGAUGAUUUGCAUAUAAAUGAUAAAAUGAGAUUAAUCUUAAUCUAUGCAUUUUAUCGUGGAGGAUUAAUUGAAUCCGAUUUUAAAAAAUUAACAAAAUUCAUUGGGGUAAAUGAUUUACAAAUUAUUGGAUUAAUAAGUCGAUGUUUUGUCAAUCUUGCCAAAUUGGGAUUCCCGGUGAUUAAACCUUCCAUUAAGGAUAAACCAAUGACAAAACAUACUUUCCAUCGCAUAAAUAAUGAAGGAACAUAUAAUACUUCCAGAUUUCAACCUGCUUUAAAGAAUGUCUUGACAAAUCUAACAAGAUUUCAACUUGACGAAGAGUGGUUCCCAUAUUUCAGAGAUAAACCAUUAGUUAACGAUAUUCCUGACAAAAAAUCUCAUUCAUCAACCAAUUCCUCAAAUUCUUCGGCCACUUUACCAACGUCAGGAUCAUUACGUAAUCCAAGAAUCAAAGCACAAUGGGCAUCUUCAGCAUCACUCAGACAUGCCAAUUCCUUGACUUCAACCAGAAGUCUGUCCAGUAUCCCCAAACAAAGAAUCUUUGUUUAUGUAGCCGGUGGGAUCACUUAUUCAGAAAUGAGAAGUGUAUAUGAAUUAUCCCAUGAAUUGGGAAGGGAUAUGUAUAUUGGUAGUGAAUCUAUAAUCAACCCUCGUGAUUUCUUGAUUGGAUUACAAGAUGUGGAUACGAAUAAAGGAAUUAGAGAUUUAGAAUUGAAUUUAUCACGAGAAUUGGAGAAGGCUGAGAGUGAGAUUCCGAGAUAUUUAUAUGAGGAUGAAAGACCACCGGCUCCUCCGGUACAACUGCCUGCCGUUACAAAGAUGAAUCAAUUUGAUGAACAGGUGAGAAAACAACAACAGAUGAGCAGCAGUAGUGGUGCUGGUACUGGUCCAGGAUUGUAUAGAAAGAGAAGUGAUUUGAGUACAGGGAAUAGUUCUAUGGCUGAUAGUAAUGGGAAGAGUAAAGAAAAGAAAAAGACAUCUAGACUUAAGAAGUUGUUUAGUUAG